AUUGUAUUGUUAUUGACGUAUUUCGCGCGUUUAUCGGUUUCGCCGUUGCCUUUAAAAGCUGGCGAGCCUCGGUCGACUCGCAUAGUUUGACUCUUCAUCGAGGAGGGUGUAAUAAAAAGGAAACAUGAGGACAGUGGUGGUGUUUUUUGUAGUAUGCGUGGCCGUUGCCUGCGCUGGCAAAAAGGCCGAUGCAGACUGGUGGAAGUCGAUGUCGCUCUAUCAGAUUUAUCCCAGAAGCUUUAAAGACAGCGACGGCGAUGGCGUCGGGGAUUUGAACGGUGUCAUCAGCAAGAUAGACUACUUGAAAGCAAUAGGCGUCGACGCUUUCUGGUUGUCCCCCAUCAACGAAAGCCCCAUGGCCGAUUUCGGUUACGAUGCAUCGAACUUCUACGAAAUCGAUCCAUUGUUCGGAAAUAUGACGGACCUCGAGAAUCUGAUAAAGGUAGCCCACAAGUGGGGCCUGAAAGUGGUCAUGGAUUACGUCCCGAAUCAUUCCUCCGACGAGCACGAGUGGUUCAAGAAGAGCGUGAAAGGCAUCAAACCUUACGAUGACUAUUAUGUCUGGCAUGACGGUAAAAAACUGGAGAACGGAAAAACCGUCCCGCCUAAUAACUGGGUGAGUGCGGUUGGCGGAGAGGCUUGGCAAUGGAAUGAGGAACGUCAGCAGUACUACCUGACCCAAUUCACUCCUAGGGAACCUGACCUGAACUUCCACAAUCCACUGGUCCGGAAAGAGAUGGAGGACAUUCUGGAAUGGUAUGCGAACCUUGGCGUGGAUGGCUUCAGGAUCGACUCUGCCGCCUUCCUGAUCGAGGAUCCGUCAUUCGAGGACGAACCACUUACAGGACUGACCAACAAUACCUUGGAUAUGAAUUACGUCGACAGAAGCAAGACGAAGGAUCAGCCGGAGACCUACGACAUCGUAAGUAGUUGGAAGCGGGUACUCGACAAGUUCAACGAGACCAAGAUCAUAAUGAUCGAAGCUUACACAAACUGGACCAGCACCAUGAAGUAUUACGAUGCGGGUGCCGACAUGCCCUUCAAUUUCCAAUUGGUCACGGAUAUACAUAAGAACUCGAAUGCGAGCGAUCUGAAGAGAAUAAUCGAUCGGUGGAUGGAUGGUAUGCCGAAGGGUAGCGUUGCUAACUGGGUGGCUGGAAAUCACGAUAACCCGAGGAUGAAAAGUCGGCUGGGACCACAGAUAGCUCGCGCGGCCACCGUGAUGACGCAGUUGUUGCCUGGUGUCGCUGUAACGUACAACGGUGAUGAGAUCGGAAUGACAGACGGUCCGAUCUCGUGGGAAGACACAGUGGAUCCCCUGGGAUGCGCCGCUGGCAAAGAUGGAUACAAGUCGACCUCUAGGGAUCCUGAGAGGACCCCCUUCCAAUGGGACAGGUCAACCUCUGCUGGAUUCUCCACGAACAACAAAACCUGGCUUCCAAUUAACCCGAAUUACAAGACCGUCAAUGUUGAAUCGGAGAGGAAAAACCCUGGCUCCGACUACAACAUGUACCUGGCACUCUCGAAGCUGAGGAAGACUUCGAUGGUCAAGAAUGGACAACUGAUAACUAUGACGACAGAUAAUGUUUUGCUUAUAGCCAGGAAGUCCGACUAUGACGGAGCUGUUUACGUAGCAGUGAACGUUGGAGACAAGAGAACAAAGGUGAACAUGUCUGUAUUCAACACCAGGUCGCAACAUGCUAAGCCAAUGCGUUUGUAUUAUUCUUCGCCUGAAUACAAAGCGGCACCCAAGGCCCUCGCCACCAAUCGCACGAUCCACCUCCCACCAUCAGCAGUGGUGAUCUACAUCGACGACUACGUUUUUUAAAGCACACUCUACUUUAAUUCGAUUAUUAUAAAUGUACUCUGUCAGCGUUAAAAUAAACACUGACCGCUCGAAUGUACCUUAUUGAAAUUUAAAUCUCGUACCUAGAUAUGGGUACACAAUAUUUCAAGAAAUAAUAUUCAGUAGCAAAUACCA